AUGUCCUCGUCAUCAUUACCCUCUCUUCAGGAGCUUCAGGAGAUGGAAGUCCUUCGAAAAGUCACGCGGGGGGGUUUGCUGCGGACUAGGAUCCUCGGGUUAGUCCCAGUGUACAACAUCCGCACUCGGUUAUGUCGUGAGGUUCCGGCCUCCGAUAAAGAGUUGUGCCUGCUGGAGGCCAACAACCCAGCCCUGAUGUCCCUGGAGCACCUCCAGGCUCUGGAGCCGACGCGAAAAUCCUUGGCCAGCUGGCUCAAGUACUCAGAUAUCGGAUUCUUUCACAUGUCCAGCAAGCCGAAAUCCGGGAAAACGUAUAUGGUCAAUCAUAUCGCCCGCGAGCGGACGACACCAUAUGAGUGGAACCUGCGAGGAACGCUUCGGGUCAUCAUCUUCUGCCUGAUUUCCGACAAGCAAGAGCUGACCCCGCGUCUUUUCCCACGGCAGUACGAUUCCUAUCCGCGCGACUUCAAUGAAGAGCCUUGUGUGAUUAAGGAUGACGAGGUGCUCCUCGCCUGUGAUAGGCUUGCGAAGCUAGACAGCAUCUACACCGACGACAAGUUUGUGCUAUACCUGGAUGGCUUGAAUUAUUUCAAGCAAGACUUUUCCAACAUGCUGAGUCACCUCAAGCAGUGGGUGUCUGCCCGGCCACUCGACGUCAAGAUCUGCAUCUCAAGCCGCGGAGAGGCGGAAUUCAGGACGGCCUGA